CACUUGAUCUGGAAGAAGAAGGCGAAAGCAGCAUUGAAAUGCUUGUUCUAGUGUUAGGAGAUCUGCACAUCCCUCACAGGCAUCAUGGCUUGCCUGCCAAGUUUAAAAAGUUGCUGGUUCCWGGGAAGAUCCAGCAUAUCUUGUGUACUGGUAACCUUUGUACAAAGGAUUCAUAUGACUACCUAAAGACCCUAGCAAGUGAUGUUCAUGUCGUCAGGGGUGACUUUGAUGAUAAUCUGUCAUAUCCAGAGCAGAAAGUGGUCUCUGUUGGUCAGUUCAGAAUUGGACUUUGUCAUGGACAUCAAGUGGUCCCAUGGGGAGAUCCAGAGAGUCUAGCCAUGCUUCAGCGACAGUURGAUGUUGAUAUUCUUAUUUUUGGCCACACUCAUAAAUUUGAGGCUUAUGAACAUGAGGGAAAAUUCUAUAUUAACCCUGGUAGUGCCACAGGGGCAUAUACCCCUUUAGAAAGUAAUGUCAGGCCUUCUUUUGUUCUGAUGGACAUUCAAGCUUCCACAGUAGUGACCUAUGUAUAUCAGUUACUUGGUGAUGACGUCAAGGUUGAAAGAAUUGAGUAUAAGAAACCAUGAUGUAGUUAUGUAGAUUAUUAACAAACCAUCUCUUAAUGAAUUAAUUUCUGAAGGAUUUAAGAGCAGACUUAUAUGACAUGAGAAAACAUGAUGUACGCAUACAGCUAUUUCAAAACAGGUAGAAGGGACGAGCAGCGAUAGGUAAUAAAACAUAGGCAAAAAGYGAUAGGUCAAAGAUCUUAGAAUCAUAGAUCAAAGAAUAGCUGGAAUGACUUUUUCUUAUUCUUGUCAAGAAUACGAAGCUUAUUGUUGACAUAUUUAGUGUUGUUUGCAGUUGACGAAGCCAUCUCCAUUAGCUGUUUGCUCCUUCGACCUUUUUUUUUCAACCUUUUUUGAAAUAGCUGUAUAGGGCUUUGAAUACUGUAAGGUUUUUACAGAAAUGAAAACAUAAUAGAAAUCAUGGCUUGGCAUUUUGGCUAUGCUGAUGAUAGAACCAAUCUGCUCUGAUCAAGUGCCUCACCCCUCUAUCCUCGGUUGUUUUACAAUGUUUCCAGAGCUUCCUAUUCAUAAAUCACGCUCUACAUUUUAUUUUUAAAUAUCACACAUUUAUUUUAGCCUGCCUGUGUCAUAUGUAACCUCUGUGAUGCCCUGAAUGCACUCGUGAUUGAGCUUGCAAUGGGGAAGGGUGCAUUGUUURGUGGUUUGCUAAUAACAGUGAUUUUAACAUUAGGGCUUUAUUUUCAUAUUAGAUUUUUCUGGAAUGGCAAAUCUGCUCUAYAUAGGUUCAGACAUAAUAUUAGGGAAGUGAAAGCAACAUUGCUCCAAAAUAAUAUUGUUUUACUUGGGCAGGAUGCCAUAAUGAGACCACAAUUUUGCUAUCAAUUGUAUGCAAUAUUAUAACCAAAAACCUCUAGAAUCAUAUCAUGAUGGAACAGGUAUUUUUUGUUCAUAAUAUAUGCAGACACAGAAGUAUGGACUACAGGGGUGCAUGUUUCAACUUUUAUAACUAACAUAGGUCAUGUGUAACACUCAAAUAUUUUAUUGUGAUCUGCUGUAUAAGCUCAUAAUAAUUAAUGUAUUGCUACCAUUAAUCUGUAUGAUACAUUGAUUCUAUGUCAGUGAUACAAGAUUAGAUAAUGGUUUUUAUACUUCAUUCUGUUUCUUUAUUAAUAAAAUUAGAUAUUCUAGCUUAUGAUUAUGCAAUUAAUUCAUAAAUAAAAAUGUUACAGGCUAGUGAAUUGAA